GGGCGUGGCACGGAGGCACCAUGUAACAAUACUUUUACAUCCUCCCGUGCUUCAGGCACCGUUUACGUUUGUUCCUAAAGAAUAUAGUUACUUGAAAAUUCCCAGGAUAAUGCUUCUUUCGCUGCAUUCUUUAUGAACCGUCGGCACCCGGAACUUUGAUCUACGAUGCUCGAGUUUGAAUGUUUAAGCCCCUCACUUUGACAUAAUUAUAACGCGGUGGAUGUCCGGUAUCUGUUUUUGUUUGGACUAACGAUACGAGAACGUGUGCUAUGUCGAUGCCGACGACUGGCUUGGUGGUGCCACCGGGUCAAUCUGCACCAUUUGCUGUCGUAACGAGUACUGAUCAUUCGGCGUGGGUUAUUAUUGCAACGGCAUUAGGGCUGUCUUGCCUCUUGGUAUUCAUUGGGAUCAAGGCUUUCGCCAGGAGUUCGUUGGGGAAAGGCGUUAGUUAUGAUGAACUAUGUCUUGUGGCUUCGACGCUGCUGGCAGCGAUUCAGUCAUCGGUAGUGUUGGGAGCUUGUGCCAAAGGUUUAGGCAAAUCCAUCGAACUUGUAUCAGUCAAGAAUCAAGCCCAGAUAGAGCAAAUGUGGUAUACGAGUUUGCUGUUGUUUAUCAUAUCCCUCGGAUUGUCCAAAACUUCAGUAGUCGUCUUAUUGGCUAGUUUGACCCCAGAUCAAAAACACAAGAAGAUAUUCCAUAGCGUAAUUGGAUUAGUGGCUAUUUGGACAAUUGCGAGUCUGUUUGCGGUGGCUUUACAGUGUAAUUUGUCGCAUCCGUGGAAAACCAUUGGACAGCGUUGUGAUAACGUGUCUUUAAGAUGGCAGAUCAUAUCUGCUUUUGACAUCAUUUUCGAGAUCGCAUUUGUCGCUUUAUCAUUUUACCUAGUGUGGAGUCUUCGAACAAGCAAAUCGAAUAAAACGAUUGUCGUUGUAGCAUUUGGGUUUCGUCUUCCUAUGAUUAUCGCCAUUGCCUACCGACUAGCCACAUUUGAUGUAGAUGGAUUGACCACGAACCCGAUGUUUCUCGAGGAUGAAUUUAUUGUAUGGACCCAGAGCGAAAUGAACUAUUCCAUCAUUGCCGCCAUCAUACCGAGUCUUCGACCUUUCGUGAAGAAUCUUUCAACAUAUUACGGCCAGGAGCUGGGAGGAAGAUCGGGAUAUACGUUGGAGGAUUCAGAGAACUAUCAACUUUCCAAUUUAGGCUCCGCCUACCGAAAUGAAAGCCACCACCGAGAAAGCAGAAUUCGAGAAGAUGUGGAUCCGGACGAUUAUAAAUUUCGAGUUUGGGCAAACGACACAGGACGAGGUGCGAAGAAAGGCAAGAACCCGGGAGAAGGAAGCUCGAAAUUAUGGAACAAGGCUGGGGAAGAAGGAACAGAUGGGGUGAGUGUUGGAAGUAGUGAUUCUCAGCGGAUGAUUAUCAAGAAGGAUACUACAUGGACGGUACAGAUGGAUUGAUCAAUGAUCGACAUGGUCAUGGAAAACGGUAAUGGGAGGCUAUCUGUAUUGCAAUGAUAUGGCGUCUUCAAUGGAGUCAGGGAUAGAAGUGUCGAAUUCUAGACAUUCUCCGGCGGUUUUUUGUAUUACGUCUUUAUGAUGUAUGGCUUUUGCUAGAUAUUUAGUCAUGGUGCUCAAAAGCAUCAUUUUAAACCCACGAAUGGGUGAUAUCACUCUAUUUUGGGCUUCAUCUGUCUUUCGAGAGAUACCUGAUAUCUGAAUGUGCAAAUACCUCUAUUUUCGGUCAUAGUGUAGAGGGGAGGUGGAGUCACAAUCCUAAAGCCUGAAUCUUCUAUACA